AGAUCCUCCAUGGCCCUCUGCUCUACAUCCCCUUCCUCAGCCCUGAGAGUGUGCAGGCACAUCUCCGGGACAUCCAUGAUGGGCACGACUUCCUUCCCUUGGAGAUUGAAGAGAGCUACCUAAAUGGAGGAAAGUUUGUGUUCCGCAAAGGGAGAUCCUGUCUCUUCACCGCACCUCUGAAUUCUUCUACAAAAGGAGACGGAAUGAGAAUAAACAGUAGCAAUGAUGCUGAGGCGUUUGUUGGAAGUUGUGUAAACAUCGUGAUCCUCAAUGGCCUGUGCUUCCCCCCAUCAGUGUUCGGAAGGUGCAAGGCAGCCAUGCCAGUAAGUGGAAGAGAGAACGGAGAACCGAGGAGAUGCCUGACGGGGAAAGUCAUCCUUAGUGACCACCUUGGAAAGUCAGUUGCUUCACUUCAGUUGUCCAUCAGUUUGAGAAGUCUUGGAGAAGAUAUUGCCCUUCAUGCAAGACAUUUUGGUACUACUAAUGGAGAGGAAAAACAGUCAGUACCGGGUGUGGUUCCUCUGCGCAAAUUUAGUGAAGACUUGUCAAGUCCUAAUCAUGAGCUCAGUUCCAGGAGGGUAAGACUUGACAAGACCAUCAGUCUUCUGCAGGAAAGAGAAAACAGUAAAAAGACACCAUCUAAUUAUGUUCAUGGCACAGUACUUGAGCAGUCCUAUGUAUUCAAUCAACAUUUUGUGGAUCCAGGAAGUGGAAGUUCAAAAUAUGGUUCCCAAAGGAGUCAUGAGUCAUCAGAGGUCAUUGCCAUGAAGAUUGCUGAGUUUGAGAGAAAUGUGCAAGGUAAUUCCAAGGAAUUUCUGAGUGCACCUGUUGUGAGCCCCAGAAUAGGAGGGAAUCUGCCACAGCCCUCACCACUCCUCUUUACUGGCCAUGAUGCAGAGGCAGAGAGACUAUGGAAUUACAAAAUGAAAGAAGUUGGGGGUUAUGUCCUGGACUUUGACAAUGACAGCAGUGAAUCCCUCCCUACAAGUGAGGGAGGAGAAAAUGUCUCAAAGAGUGAGGAUAAAACUGAGAAAAUAGAAAAACAGAAAAAGACUAUAGAAAAACAUAAAGACUCAAGAGAGAUGGAGACCAAGAAGAUAAAUUCUGCCAGGGAAAAGUCUCAGAGGAAUCUAAAGAACAUGAAAAAGUCAGAUAAUAGGAAGUCAGUGAAGCACACAGAAGGUAUGAAAAGGCCCACAGGCUGGCUGCGCAGUACUCCCAUUGCUCCCUACAGAAUGCACACUGAGCCUCCACGUCCCAAACUCACCCGGACCUCUCUCUUACGAAGGGCAAAGCUUGACCCAGAGCUUGCGAAGCAGCUACGUGCCGAGGUGGACUUCCAGGUCAAGCAGAAACUUAAGAUUCUAGAUGAAGCUUUCAAAGAGGAGAUGUUAAAUUUACGAAAGAAAAAGCUCAUGAAGUCAGCCAGGCAAACUAAGAUGGCUGCAAGUUCCCAGACAGAGGAUGAGAGAGUUGAGGAUGACCUCCUAGUGGAAAGAAAGCCCUGGUCUGGCCUUGAGGAUUUCUCUCAGCAGACAGAUGUCUUCCACCAAAAGUCUCACCAGUUUACCCAAAUGGGAGAUAGUUUCACAGGGGAAAUGGAUGCUGGUGAUAGGGUAAGUCGUGAUGAAUCUCCUAUUAAUCAUGCAACAUUUGAUCUAAGAAAGGGAAGGGGAGGCCUGCUGAGGGGUGAAACAUAUGAUGUAGAUUUGACUGAAAGAAUAGGGAGUCCCUUUUCUGUAAAGGAAGCUCAGAGUAUUAAACCAUCCCAUAAUGAGUACAACCAUAGAAAUGGUCUUCUUGAUGCAUCCACAAAUAGGAAUAAUAAAUCAAAGAAAGUUGUUCCCAAUAGAAAAGAUUAUGACUCAUGUGAAGGUAAUAAGGUAACUGAAAGUGCUCAGAAACAAACUUCUGACCAUUCUCAGUCCAUUACUGAAAGUGAACCAAAGCAAAGACGGAAAGGUAGUAACACCACCAACAGAAUUCGUGAUAGCAAAAUGAAACCUACACACAAAGUAUCAUCAAAACAAGAUACAAGUUCUAAAGGAUCUUCCUCAGAAUCUUUACAGGAAAUAUCUAUAGAAGAAAACUUGGUCAGAUCCUCAAGCAGCAAGAGUGGUUCACAAUCCAUGGCAGUUGUCACAAAUUCUGGUAGUAGAAGGGCUAGUAGUGUUCAGAGUGAUUCUAAAGCCACAGACAGUGAGGCCUCAGAGGUGAGUGAGGCAUCCAACCUUUCUGCAGAAGUGUACCAAGAAAUCCUAAGGGGGAAGAAAGCUGAUAUUCUCCUGAGCAAUGGCAGCAAAAGCAGUAGAGUACAGGAAGCUGUAAGUAUUUCUUCAGCUGCAGAGGAAAUAGUUACAGCAGAGGAUGAUUCUGCAGAGGAUGUAAGCCAAGGGAAUAAGAAGAGCAACAUUCUCCAACAGUUAAGCAAAGCCAGAGGUAAAGGUCUAAUAAACUCCAGGACAUACAGCAUCAAGGAAGGCCAAGGACUUGAUGCAACUUACAAAAUUCCGGUCAUACAUGGUUCUAGCUCAGAAAGUGAUCCUGUUUUCAGAGGUAGAAACAGUGAGACCAAAUUUUAUGCACACAACCAAUCCUUAUAUUCACCAGGGUCUGGAAAAGGACCUGCCAGUGUUGAGGUGAAACACAAAGAUACUCGAAACACAAGAUUACAAGUCAUGAAGAAAGGAACUCCAUCACCAAGAGUGAAAGAGGAGGAGGAGGAGGAGGAAGGAACCAUCAGUGACAUAAGUGCCCGCAUCGCUGCUCUCUUGCUGCCCAAGAAGGUUGAAGUUGCAUCAUUGCAUACAGACUCCAUCAGCUCUUAUAUGCCUUCAGAUGUUGAUGGCACUCUCUCUAGUCUCUCUGACAUGUCUUAGUUCAAAGUAAUUUAAUUUUAUUGUGACAUGUUGGAAACUGGAAACAAAUGAAUGCAGCUGAGUGUCUGUAGUCUUCUGUUAAAAAAUACUAUGUACACUAAGGAAUCCUUACUCUGUUUUUGAAAGGAAAAGGAUUCCUUAUUGCUUUGAUUCAGAGUGGCUGAUUCUCAUUUUAUGCAAAGAAAAAAGCUUUACCAAGAUUACUUUACCUGCCUAGUAUUAGCAAAC